AUGUGGAAUUAUAGUGACUCCGAACCAGAAGACGACAGUACGAUGACCCGUCGAUGUUCGUAUUGUGGUCGCUUUGGAAGUAGGGACAACAUUGUUGAGGAGACCGGUCUCUGUUUCAAAUGCCAUGACACCGUGCAUCCAUCUUCAAAGGUCAAAUCUACUUUUCUCUCAGGCAGAAAUGGCAGCGAUGGCCCGAGCAGGGUAGCAGCAGCAGUUAUGGCGGAAAUUGCAGCGGUGGAAGUCGAUGACGGUUCCAGCUCUCUUGGAAGUAUUACUUCCAUCCACUCAGAUCAAGAUGAUGACGAGGAUAAUGAGAAUGAGGAUGGAGAUGAAAAUGAAAGCGAAAAUGAAAAUCAGAAAUCAAACGAUCAGAAACCCAGUGGCAGCCGUAGCAAUGACUUUAGCCAUACCGAAGGAGAAUCUGAAAUUUGCGCACGGUGCUGGCAAAACCCUUCAACAAAGAUUUUGUACAAUACCCCCAUCUGCCAUGGCUGCUAUCAGAUUGCACAGGAGAAGAGGCAAAAUGCCAAAGGGACAAAGAGACGCUUCCAACCGCCAACUCCCCACCUCCAGCCAGGCAAAAGGCUGACACGGGUUUGUGACUCGUGUCGGCAAAAAAGAAAGCGGUGCCAGCACCGCCGGGUGGUCGACGAAAAUGACCCGGAGGCUGACUUCCGCCGGAAACGGUCACAGAAGGAGCGUCUAUCGGCUCCGACAAGAAAUCGCGAGGGGAGGAGUACCAGCUCCUUCUCCCUGAUCGAAGUCAAGGACACGGUUGUUGUGUCAGAAACGGAGCAAGAGCCGGCGGUUACUCCCCGUACCGGCACCGGCACCGUCACCGCCAGUGGAGACACAACGACGGCUGCCGCAGCGCCUCAUCCCGCAACAGCCGUGAAUAAUAAAGGCUAUUCGACCACCAAUCUGCGGCGGGCAAUAGAGGAGUCUGUCCACGCCGUGUUCUCCCGGGAGAUGGACCGGCUGGUACAGAUGGCGGAGAGUAAGCUGGCAGACGCUGCCAGUGCUCUUGACGAUGUCAAGGUGCACAUGACGGCGUGGCUGGAGCAUGCGAGGAAGGGUGUGUAUAUUUUCUGUAUGAGAUGGGCGGGGUGA